UUGUGGCACAUCAGCUUGUUUGGGGAAACCAUCCGAAGACAGCAAGAUGUUUCUCGUUAUCUUGUACUUCGCUUUGCCCUUAGUGGAUGUACUUCUGUCCGCAGAAGUGAGCGCGCUGCCUGGAGGGGACCGCCUGGACUGCGUGAAAGCCAGCGACCAGUGUCUUAAGGAGCAGAGCUGUAGUACUAAAUACAGGACACUGAGGCAGUGUGUAGCCGGCAAAGAGAGCAACUUCAGCCGGGCGACAGGCCUGGAGGCAAAGGAUGAAUGCAAAAGCGCCAUGGAAGCUCUCAAGCAGAAAUCUCUGUACAACUGCCGCUGUAAGAGGGGCAUGAAGAAGGAGAAAAACUGCCUGCGCAUUUACUGGAGCAUGUACCAGAGCUUACAGGGAAAUGACUUGCUUGAAGAUUCCCCUUAUGAGCCAGUUAACAGCAGACUGUCGGACAUAUUCAGGCUAGCACCAAUUGUAUCAGUGGAGCCAGUACUUACAAAGGGGAACAAUUGCUUGGAUGCAGCAAAAGCUUGUAACCUAAAUGAUACCUGCAAGAGGUUCAGAUCUGCUUACAUAACCCCCUGCACCAGCAGCACGUCUAAUGAAAUCUGUAACAAGCGGAAGUGUCAUAAGGCCCUCCGGCUAUUUUUUGACAAAGUCCCCCCAAAGCACAGCUACGGGAUGCUCUUCUGCUCCUGUCGAGACGUAGCCUGUACAGAAAGGAGACGGCAGACUAUUGUUCCUGUGUGUUCAUAUGAGGACAGGGAGAAACCAAACUGCCUGAAUUUACAAGAAUCCUGCAAGAAGAAUUACAUCUGCAGGUAA